CUGACGUGUCGGCUCCUCCAGCACAGUGCUCAUGCUCCAGCAGCGGAAUCAAGCCAGUCAACAAAUCUGCCAGCAUGGCAGCAAAACACUUCUACCGACAGGGCUUUCUAUUACUUUUAUUCAAUUUUAUUUCAACCGCAGCCUUGGAAAAAAGGUUCUCCGACUUUAAAAGAUGCGCCGAUAAGGAGUGCAGCAUGCUUCUAUGUCGGGGAAAAGCUGUGAAAGAUUUCUUGGGACCAGACUGUCGGUUCCUGUCAGUCAAGAAAUCAGAAACUAUCUAUGUAUACUAUAAAUUGUCAGGAAGAAGGGCCGACAUAUGGGCUGGAAGUGUUGGAAGUCACUUUGGCUAUUUCCCAAAGGACCUUCUUGCAGUUAACCACAUUUAUACUGACAUAGAAUUUGAAGUUCCAGCAGAGGAAACAGAUUUCGUCUGUUUUGACACUGGAUAUGAUAAGUUUCACAAUUACGACAUAGAUUCACUGUUAGGCUCAUCACUGGAGGAGAAUGACAGUGAAAAUACAGGAAAAUCUGACCCAAUCCAAGUGGCAGAGGGCACGCAGGAAGAAUUACAACCAUCAGCAGACGAGGCAAUUGACCGUGAAAAACAAACGGAGCAUCAUGAUAACUCUGAGGAUCUUGUCCUAUAUGAUCAAAGUGCCUCUUUAUCUGAACUUGAUGUGGCAACUGAGUCAUAUUCUAAACCAGUUGCAGAUUCUGAUACAGCAGCUACAUCUGAUGCUAUUGAGAGAGCUGCAGAAGACAGUGAAACCAAAGAUGCACCUACAAAAUCUGAAGUGCGAUCUGUGUCCAAAGAUGAUUUUGUUUCAGAAAAUGAACCAGUCUCGAUUUCUGAAGGAAUGCAAAUCCCCAAGUUAAAAACUACCCUUGGAACAACUUUUGAUGCUGUCGCCUCAGAUGAAGAAAUCACCAAGAAAGUUACCUCAUAUGAAGAGGAGGAAAGCGACUAUGUAGAAAAUCCUCCCAAAGAUGAGAUUGAUGUCGAAGUUGAAACUCCAUUGCUGUCUUUUUCUGAACAAGCGAGCACUCCCGCAUCUGAUUCCAUCAAAAUUUCUGAAGGAGUGCAAAUCCCCCAGUUAAAAACUACCCUUGGAACAACUUUUGAUGCUGUCGCCUCAGAUGAAGAAAUCACCAAGAAAGUUACCCCAUAUGAAGAGGAGGAAAGCGACUAUGUAGAGAAUCCUCCCAAAGAUGACGUUGAUGUUAAAGUAGAAACUCCAUUGCUGUCUUUCUCAGAACAACCUGUGAGCACUCCAGCAUCUGAUUCCAUCAGAAAGCCUGAAAGUCCUCCAACAACACAUGAUGAUAAACCGGAGACUGAAGAGGAGAAGAGCGUGUGGACCUCAUUUGGAGAUGCUGUUUUUUCAGUUGUCACUGGGGGAGAGAAAACGGCACAAGAUUUUAGUUCGGAGGAAGAUGACGAGGAAGAGGAAGAAGCUGCUUCAGAAGCCCCUCAGAGUUUUGAAGAAGCAAAGAAAAACGUAGAAGAACCGGUAUCCGUAGAAUUGGCAAAAGAGCCGGAAAACAUUGAGCCAGUUCUUCAAGAUCCUCCUAAUCCCAGCUCUGUACAGACAGAUAAUAAAGAAAUGGACAGUGACUCUGAAAAACACUUGUUUGAUCGCGAUGAUGAGGAUGAAGGAGAAGUGAUCGGACCUGAGGAAACAUUAGAACCAACUGAUGAGCCGAUACCCCAUCAAACAGAAGCAAGUACAAAAUCAGUGGAUCCAAUAUCACAAGAUGAUACUUCCUCCAUUCCUGAGGCUCAAAAAUCAGAUCUUAAAACAGCAGAUGAACCCUUUGGGCACAAAGAGGAAGAAGAGGAAGAUUCAGAGGUCUAUAAUAGUAACACAGAUGUACAGGACAGUAGUGUUGAAAUGGAGCACAAUGAGGAUUUAGACAAUGAAUUGGCUGAAAACAAAGAGGUGAGCAAUCAAGAAUUAGCCAGUACCGAAACACACCAGGACACGUCCACUGAGGAUUCAGAUGUAAAAGAUGAGGAAUAUACUGUAGAUGACAGCCUAUCUAAUCAGAUGCACAACUAUUCAAUGACAGAUUUAGAGAGCAAUGACGGUCAACCAGAAUUAUCCGUGGAGGAACCAGAGAGUCAUGAGGGAGUUUUUACAGAGGUCUGGGAAGAUGAGAAAGAUCCAGAGGAGGAGAAAGAAGAAUUACUUGAAGAUGAAAAUGCACUUUCUUCCUCACAAUCAGACGACACCUCUGACAAACCCUCACCUGAGACAACCCUGCCCACUGCGUUGACUCCAGAGCCGGAAUACAGUGAUAGCGUGUUGAGACUGACGCUGCUUCGAGACCACUUCACAGAGGAGAGCAUGGAUCGGAUCCAAAAGCUUCUGGGUCUCAAGAAUCUCUUUAAAGUGGAGGCCAUGUUCUCUGACUUGGACAUAGAAUUGCAGGCUACACGUCUCUCAUCCACAGGUACUAUGCAAGACAUUGAAAAUGCACUCGAGGGCAUCCUGGAAGCAUCUGAGAACGCUAUCCUGGACGAGAUUGAGAAGAUGCUGGACAGCCAAGGCGCAAAACACAGUAAUGACCAACAUAUGGACAGUGGUUUGGAUGAGGAGACUGAAAUACUGGAUGACUUCCAGGAGCUUGCGUUCAGCCUACGACAGAAGUAUUCAACAGCCAGUGACAGCACGCCUUUAGCGACAGAAAAAGCAUCAGAUAUUGACCAAGGUGACAUGCCCUUCAUCGUUGAAGAAGACAAAGUUGUCAGCGUCCCUGAGGCUGGGAGUGAGGCCAACAUCACAGUAAGCGAUCAUGAAGAAGGGCCAGCAGAGACUACAGAGGAGCACAUAGUUUUGGAUGAGGUGCACAGUGGACCAGACGUUAGUGUGGAGGAGGAUAGCGGACACUUCAAUAAAAACAAAGACAAUCCGUUGAGCUUCAGUGCAUCAGACGAGAUACAGAAGGUCCCUCAAGACACCCUGGAAAAUCCCUUAGACAUGGGUCUUGGUGUCGAGGUUGAACACUCGCCCUCAGGAUCUUUGGAUUCCAUGGACCCAGUGUCUGAAAUUCACAAAGAAGAAGUGGGAUUAUUAUUAACUGGACAUGUUUAUAUGGGCUGCAUACUGUCAGUGAUCAAGAGCAAAAUUGCAGAGUGGACCAUUGUGAUGAUAUCACUACUGCCAGAAGAGUGGAAACCUGGAGAUACCUUGUUUGGCUGUCCAUGGCAAGCUGUUGUCAUCACUGCUUUGGUUGGAGUAGUGACCUUCACCCUUUUCUUCUGGAGGGUUGUGUUGGCAGUAAAGAAGAGAGAAUAUCUGGUGGAUGAAAAAAGGUUGACCGAGCAAAUUUUGGCACUCAAAAAAGAGAAGAAUGAUGCUCUCUCUAAAAUGUCUGAACUCCAGAAACAGACUGAACAACUAAAAGAAAAUCAAAAACAGUCAGAUGAAACUGUCAGUUGUACAAUGAAAAUGAUGCAAAAACUGGAGGGUAAGGUUUUGGAGGCAGAAACACGGAAUGAACAGAUUGCUGAGGAAAAGAACAAAUAUGCAAAACAACUCGAAGAUGAGAGGGCAAACUCUCUGCAAAAUGAAACAAGGAUUGAGAAAUUGGAGAAGUUAAACGAGAAACUACAGCUCAGCAGGAAAAAGAUUCAGGAAGCUCUCGCUAAGACUACAGUUCUCCUGGACGAGUCCAAGAUUCGUGAAGAUGCCCGAAACGCUCAGCAUAAAUGUCUUGUGAAAGAUUAUGCAGCGCUAAAAGAAGAAAAUAAAACCCUUAAGGCUACUAUAAAGGGCUGGGAGGACAAACACAAGGAGCUGAACGAGCAAAUUAAAGUCUACCAAAAGUCCCAGAAAGAGCUGGAGGACUCUGUGGUGCUCAAAGAUCACAAUGUGGAGGUGCUGUCUGAACUUCUGGCAGACCUAGAUGCUUGUGAUUCACAAAAAGGUGACACCAACGUGUUGGCCAAUUGUGAAGUAGCGCAUGACAAGAAGACAGCCAUAAAGAACAGAAUCAAACAGAUGAUGGAUGUUUCUCGGGUCCAGACCACUCUCUCUGUGGUCGAGGAAGAGCGUGAUCGCUUCAUGACCAAACUACUGAAUGAAGAAAAGACUAGAAAGUCACUGGAAGAACAACACCAGGAGCUUGAACAUGCAAUUGCAACCCUAAAAAGCGACAAGAGCCAUAUCGAAAACCAGUUCAAGAUCCUCCAGCAGAAAAAUGAAAUCAUGGUUGAAAUGUAUCAGCAGAAGGAAAACGCUUUGCAGCAGAGAUUAACGAAGGAAGAGUUGGAGCGACGCAGCAAAGAGAACAUGCUGUCUGAGGUUGGAGGGAAAGCUCUCGAGGCAGAGGAGCAGGUUAAAAUCUUAAAGCAACGCAUUAAUGAAAUGGAGGAGCAGAUGAAGAAGACUGAGGACGUCUAUAAAGAGCAGAUAAAAGAACAGGAAAACAAAACUCACUCAAACUGGGUAAAUGCUCGUAAUGCAGAGCGAGCUUUGAAUCAAGAGAAGCUUGAAUCAUCAAAGCUGCGUGAAAAACUGGCUGUAAUGACCUCCCAACUUAAUGAGCGCCGUGCUCCCCUUUUCCGACCGAACUCCGGACAACCUGCAGGUCCUCGCCAAGGUGAUUCAUAUGGGCCUUCUCCUGUGAGCGGAGGUGCUCCAUCCCCUCCAAUAAUGAUAGAGGGUCCCAGACGCCCUCCUUCUGCCCCAGUGGGGCGAAGAAUUGACCCAUAUGGUCCACGACCUCCAUCAGACCCACAUGGUCGUUACCCUGAAAACAAACACAUCUCUGGGAUGGACAUGAUGGGCCCACGUAGCUCCUCACCUGCCAACAUGGACGGAUGUACACAAGCAGUAGAUCCACAGAUAAAAGCAGAGACACAGACUGAGGUCUCCACAGACAGUCCAGAGACAGGCCCUGGAUCUCUCCUAGUGUCUCCGAUCAGGGACUCACCAGGCCCCAUGGUCCAAGGACCUCCACCCGGCCCUGGACCACAUGAGCAGCUCCUCCCUCCUGGACCCCACGGCCGUCUGCCACCUCCUGGACCUUACAGACCUCCAAGACCCGGCCCCUACCACCUCCCACCAGGUCCUCAUGGUCCUCCAGGUCCUCCACUUCCACCCAACGGGCACCCAGGUAUGCCCCUGCCUGGACCAGUGGGUGGAGAUUUUGGACCCCGACCCGCCAACGGACAUGUGUUCCACCCCAGGCCAGGCCCUGGACAUGUUAUUGAUCCUCGGGGUCCACCACCGCCACACUUCCGUCCCCCUCCACCUCAUCACUUUGGACCGAUGCCUCUGCCACCUGGUGUUCGUGGACCUAUGGGACCACGUCCUCCCAUCCCUCCCGACAUGCGCUUCCCAGGACCACGUGACCACACCAGCCCACCAAUGAACCUGCCUCCAGGUGUCCUUCCCCACCCUGCAUAUCCUGGUGAUGCUUAUAGUCAGGGUCCACCUAAUGCCCUCCAGAACUCAUCAGGAGCUCAAACUGGCCCUGGACAGGACCUGCAUGUGAAGCAGGAGGCCCCUCAGGACUCAGUGAGGCCAGCGAUGGUCAAGCCUUAAGAAUGCCACCAGCUACAGCAGAGGACUUGGAUUUACUCCGUACCCAUCACAUUAACAACCCAGAUCCUGUCCAAACAUAGGUCAUGAUUAUUUUCUGGUUUCAGUUAUAAAAGCUACCAUGAUGUUUACUUAAAAUAACCAACAAAAAAAACAUGGUCCUUCAAUUAAAGCACCAUCAAUAAUUAUGUCUGAAAUGAAUGAGUUGAGAGGGUUGCCACUUUUCUAAACAGCUUAUUGUGCAAUAAUCAUUAUUACAGAGAAUUUUCAUUUGUGUUUAUCUUUUAAAAAAAUAGCAAUGAUUUUUAAGGAGCAAAUUUUUAAAUGUCAUUUCCUGUGGAAAUUGUUUUAAAAGAGGAUAAAAAAGAGGGAGGUUUAGCUUCGAGCAUUCAGGAAGACCUUAAUUUUCCCAAAGCUGUUGCUUCAAAACCGACUGUAAAGCAAAUGUGUAAUUUGAAGGCCAGAUGUAUAACUUAUUUUACUAUGUUGGUAGAACUUUUAAUAAUAAAGAAUGUAAAAGCUG